UCAACUCUCAAGUCUCAACUCUUCCUAUUCCAAAAAUGCAGAAUUGAUUAGAGAGAGAGAGAGAGAUAGUCUCUGAAUUGGGAAAGCAGAAAGAGGAAAAAGAGAUAAAAACAGAAAGAAAAAAAUAGAGAAAAUCUUGUUUGUUAGCUUCUCUUUCUCUGCUAUUUCUGUUUCUCUGUACUUCUCUGCUAUUUCUGUUAUCUCUCCCACCCCCAUCUAAUCUUUCCAUAUAUACCAAAAAUCAAACUCACAAAGUUAGUAGUAUCAGUAAUACUAUUUUCCAAUGACAAAGGAGAAAGAAAGGAAAAUGUUUGUUGGUGUUGUUUGGAACUGUGCAGCUGAACUCAAACUCCUCCUUACUGCUAUCCUUUUCCUUUUUUCACUUAUAACUAUUCUUCAAUUCAUGCCUUCUCGUUUUUCUUUCACUCCCACAAAUCUCAUCACUUGUAUUUCCACUCCAACAAACCCUAUAAACACUUCUGUUUCACUUAUUAACACCACCUUUACACCGCCACCUUCUGUUUCAGUUAUUAACACCACCGUUACACCGCCACCGCCAUCAUUGGAAAAGGAUAAAGUACUCGAAAACGGAGUUAUUAAGCGUGCUUUCAAUCCUUUCGGUUCUGCUGCGUAUAAUUUUAUACUUAUGUCCGCUUACAGAGGCGGAUAUAACACUUUUUCCGUUAUGGGUUUAGUUUCGAAGCCACUACACUUGUAUGGUAAACCAAGUUACCAGUGUGAGUGGGUCCCGAACGAUGACCGUCAGAAAAAAGUAUCUGCUUUAGGCACCCAAAUCUUGCCCGACUGGGGAUACGGGAGAGUGUAUACAGUUUUAGUUAUAAACUGUACUUUCCCUGUCCCAGUCGGUGCAGACAACAUACACGGUGGACAACUUCUUGUUCACGCCACGACUAACGGUGGUGGUGAUGCUAAAUUCAACACCACCGACACGGUCGUGGCGUUAACGGAAAAUGAAACAGAUUUUACCAACUUUGUUUCAGUUUUCAAGAAACCACCUAAAUACGAUUUCUUUUACUGUGGAUCGUCUUUGUAUGGUAAUUUAAGUCCACAAAGAGUACGUGAAUGGUUAGCGUUUCAUGUUCGUUUGUUUGGAGAGAAAUCUCAUUUUGUAAUACAUGAUGCUGGAGGUGUUCACGAAGGGUUGAUGGCCGUGUUAAAGCCAUGGAUAGAAAAAGGAUAUGUUACGUUACAAGAUAUUAGGGAACAAGAAAGAUUUGAUGGAUAUUAUCAUAAUCAGUUCCUUAUUGUUAAUGAUUGUUUGCAUAAAUAUAGAUUUCAAGCGAAAUGGAUGUUCUUUUUUGAUGUGGAUGAGUUUAUUUUUGUGCCUAAGAAGAGUACUAUUAAGUCUGUGGUUGAUUCGUUAAAGGAUUAUACACAGUUUACUAUUGAGCAAAUGCCUAUGUCAAACAAGCUCUGUUUGGAAGAAGACCGCGGUAAAUCUUACAGAAAAUGGGGAUUUGAGAAGCUAGUAUACAAGGACGUCAAGAGGGGAAUAAGGAGGGACAGGAAAUACGCGGUGCAACCACGCAAUGUGAUAGCCACGGGCGUGCACAUGUCACAGAACACGGUAGGCAAGACGACCCACAAGACGGAAGGGCGGAUCAAGUAUUUCCACUAUCACGGGACCAUAGCCGAACGUCGGGAGCCAUGUAGGCAGCUGGUCAACUCCACGGCGAUCAUCGUUGACCGGACCCCGUAUCAAGUGGACACUACAAUGAGGGACAUUGCUGGAACUGUGAAGAGAUUUGAGCUCAAGAUGAUUGGUCCUACACUACAACGAACAAGACAAUAGUAGUGAGUGAGGUCCAUAUUGUAUGAUGCUUUUAACUAUUUUUUUUUUUGGCUGGAUGGAUCUAUUCUUCUUUGAGGGUUCGUUUCUGUAUGAUAAAUUUUUAUGUUAUUUUAAGAUAGAUUUAGUAUAGGAGCAACAGAGACGGGUGAUAUAUGUUUUGGUAUAAUAUUAUAGGAUUACAUUGUGUUUUGUA